AUGGCUGAAAUUGCACUUUCAGGAGCACUAGCUCUGGUUGAUAGAUUGUUACGCAUCUAUCCCUAUGUAACUCAUGAUAUUGAAGAAGUCAAAAACUUGAUGGAUACCUUGAAAGGCUUCCUUAAGGACACAGAUGGAAGAGAAGAUACUGAAGGUUGGAAGGAUCUACUUAAAAACGUCCGGAAUCUAGCAUAUGAGGCUGAGGAUGCAAUUGAAGAAUACAUGUUUCAAGUUCCUGAACACUUCCAUACUCAUCAAGCAAGGAAAAUUGUUCAUAAUAUUGCCCACCCUGUUAAGAACUUUAUUCCAGGUAUUCAAUUGUCCUCUUCAAUGAGAGGUCUCAAAGCCAAGAUCAAAGGCCGAAUCAAUGACUUAGAGAAACUUCGCAUUGGGUGCUCUAACUUGCCUUCAAGUUCUACGGCUGCAGAGAUCCCUCCAGAGGCUUAUCCAUAUUCCUCGGAUGAGCCUCUUGUGGGCAUUGAAAGGCGCGGAAAAGAACUUCGGCGACUUAUUCUCAACAAUGAAUCAAGGGAUGUUGUAAUUUCAGUAUUAGGAGGUGCUGGCUCGGGUAAAACCACUCUUAUCCAUGAAGUCUAUCAAAUGGUGAAGGUAACUUUCGAAUGCCAUGCUUGGGUUCCUGUAUCACGCUCUUGUGAGCGCAUGUUAGAGAGAAUUUGGGAGGCGUUGGAAUUACCAAUUUACCAAGGAAGAGAUCGAAGACGUUGUCUACACACUCAUUUACAGCAGAAAAGGUACAUACUUGUUUUAGAUGGUAUUUGGAGUGAAGAUGAGUGGAAAUGCAUUAGAAAUGUACUUCCUUUUAAUAAUCAAGGUAGUAGAAUAAUCGUUUCUACUCGUAAACGCAACAUUGCUUCUUAUUGUGCCACCUCUCAUGAUUUUAUUUAUGAUCUCAAUCUAAAUCCAUUAACAUGGGAAGAGGCUUCAGAGCUCUUCCUUAAAAAGGCCUUCCCAAAUGGUAAAUGCCUUAUUUCAUGUGAGGAGUGGUCUGAAAAAAUUGUGAAACGAUGUGAAGGAUUGCCACUAGCAAUUGUUGCAAUUGGCAAGAUCUUAUCCCGUAAGCCACAAACUAUUAUGGAGUUCAAGAAAGUCCAUGACAAUCUUGAGUUUGAACCAGGAAGCCUUGAAUAUAUCGGAAAAUUCUUGCAGAGUUACUACCAUCUAUCGCCUAAUCUUAAGUCUUGUUUCAUGUACUUCUGCAAUUUUCCUGAAGAUUACUCUGUUACACGCGGAAGACUAAUUCGCUUAUGGAUAGCAGAGGGGUUUAUUGAGGAAAAAAGAGGUCAAACUCUGGAGCAAGUGGCGGAUGAGUACCUAGACGAGCUAGUUCAAAUGAGCUUGGUUCAAGUGAGUAGAUGGGAUUGUGAAGGACGAGUGAGGAGUUGCCGAGUUUCUAAUCUUGCAAGAGGUUUCAUCCUUUCCAAAUCUGAGAAAGAAAAUUUUGUUACUGUUAUUACAAGGCCACAUACAAAUUUGAGUCAGAACCACCGGCGCUUGUCUCUCCAUAUAUGCACCACCAAUAUAUUAAAAGGGAAGGACUUCUCUCAUGUUCGUACCUUCUCUAUGUUUGGGGGAGACAGGAGUUUCGAAUUACUGGUCAGAGGAGUUUUUAGCAACUUCAGGUUAUUGAGAGUUCUAGACUUGGAAAAUGCAGUCUUGCUGGUUUUUCCUCAAGAAGUUGUCACUCUCAACCUUCUGAGGUACUUAAGUCUAAGGAAUACAAAGAUAGAUUCACUUCCAAAAUCUAUUAAGAAGCUUCAGAACCUAAUUGUUUUGGACCUCAGACAAACUUUUGUCUUAGAGUUGCCAAUGGGGAUCCUGGAAAUUCCAAAGUUGCUCUAUUUAUUAGUUGAUUGUCGAGGCAGAAAUAAUGCUACUGUAGGAGUAGAGGUGUCUCAAGGAAUUGGGUGUUUGAAAUGGUUACAGAAAUUGUCACUUAUCAAGGCAAAUAACAAGAAUGGGAGUAUUGUUGAAGAGUUGGGGAACUUGAUUGAACUGAGGAAACUGGGGAUCAUAGAGCUCAAGAAUAAAGACAGUCGUGAUUUUUGUGCAUCCAUUGAGAAGAUGGAAAAUCUUUCUUCUUUGUAUGUGGAAUCAGCAAAUGAGUUUCUUGAUUUGAAUUAUGUUAAGAAGUCUCCUCAAAUGAUUGAAAAUCUAUCUCUUGGAGGGAGGUUGCACAACAUUCCAGAAUGGAUUCUUUCACUAAAAGGUUUGUUUAAAUUAGAACUCAAAUGGUCACAGCUAGCGAAAAGCCCCCUUGAGGUUCUUUGGGGUUUGCCUUCUCUAAAGGUGCUCCAUCUGCAUGAUGCUUACAGUGGUGAGGUACUUGAAUUUCGAGCAGGAUGGUUUCUGGAACUAAGGAUAUUAGUAAUUGAACAAUGCUGGUGGUUGAAGACUGUAGUCAUUCCGGGACUAGCAAUGCCUAAACUACAAAAGCUGACUAUAGAAAACUGUAACAGUCUUACCAUGGUGCACAUAGCAAUUAGUACUCUCACCCAUUUAGAGAAAACGAAUGUUCCACAACACCUUUUAGAAUUCUUGGACUAA